AUGGUUUGGAAGACGGGCUGUCGUUAUACCAUCGCACUGUCGAGCUGUUCGUUGAAUCCGUCAUUCUCUACUGUCGGUGUGAUCCUCUUUGUUGUGCUCGUCGUUCGCACCGAGUGGAUGCACUACUACCUCGAGCUAGUGGCCGAGACUAUAGGAUCAGGCGUGGGCGGCGUGAGGACGGUAAGGAUGAACAAAGGAUUAGCAGCGAACAUCAGCAAUAAGUGGCAGGGAGGUCUCGGUAAGAAGGAAGAUGUCGUUGUGGAUCUCAUAUACCCGUUCUCUAAUUAUCAGAAUAUCGCCCUAGCAAAGCCUCCACUAGUAGCAGUGCCGUCUAAAUAA